AUGUAUAAUUGCAUCACUUGUCAUUAUGACUAUUGGGGGAAUGAGAGAUGCGAAAUAUGUAAUAUUGGGUUAUAUUCACGUAGUGGUGUUUGUUUUUCAUGUGAAGGAUGCUCGAAUACGAAUUGUGGAAAUUCCACAACAAGUAAUAUUGAAUGUGAUGGGUGUAUAGAUGGAUAUGUAUUUAAUUAUAAUUGUGAAAAAUGCAACGAUAAAUGUAAAACGUGCAACCCCACAAACACGAAUAACUGCACUUCGUGUUAUUAUGAUCAAAGUGUAUCAAACGACAAUUGUACAUAUUGUUUUGGAUGUACAAAUCAUUGCAUUGAUGGGUAUAAAUGCGCAUCAUGUGACGGUAAUCAAUAUAUUGAUUCAGAUGGGUUUUGUACAAAGAAUUGUGACGUGUCUUGUAAUGGCUGUACUAAUAGUGGAACAAACAAUUGUGUCAACUGUGCAGAUAAUUACUACAAAUUAAGUGGCUUUUGUAUGAAGUGUGGAUCUCCAAAUGUGUGUACGACUUGUUCAAAUUCAGUGUGUACAAGUUGUCAGAGUGGAUAUUACCUGUUUAAUGGCAUAUGUAAUUAUUGUGGAGAUCAUUGUGUUAAUAGUACAUGUCAAGUUGAUACUGGGUGUUCCAAUUGUGAACGUGGGUAUUAUUUUAAUAGCAAUCAAUGUAACACGUGUGUUGAUCACUGUAACUUGGAUUAUUGUUAUGAUACAAGAGGGUGUACACAAUGUGUUGGUGGGUAUUACUUAUCAAACGGUGUUUGUAAUAUUUGUAUUAACAACUGUGCGACGUGCACAACUUCAUCAU